UUGUGGAAAAGGAUUUUUAAUUCUGUAAAUACAAUUAAAAGAUUAGUGAAUUAGAAAUAAUCAAAAUAAUCGUUAAGACAGGACAGGUUCGGCAUCCCCUUAAACGUUAAUUAAGAGUUUGAAUCUCCUCUCCUUGCCCCGAUCCCUAGGGAUAAAUCGGACACCUGCUGCGCAACAAACAACCUCUUUUUUUCGCCUCGUUUUCGAGUCGCGUGAAUCUCGAUCGUAUGGCGCAAGUAAUCCGACGGUUAGCGAGGAUUGAGAUACCACUUUGAUAUUCGUGGUACAUAUUCUCCUCGAGCUUAUCACGUUUCGAGAAGUAAUAAACGCUACGCGCGGAGCGAGGCCGUCCGCUCGCGGUCGGGACGGGAAUGAUAACGAGGCGACCUUACGUAAACACGGCGCGUAACGAAAACAAGGGUCGAGUGCCGCCCCAACCGCCGUCUGGUCACCGGCAAUGUCAACCGGUAAUAUUCGCCUAAUGCUGGCCAGGUCGGACACUUGGCUCGCCUGCUAAAAUACCCGCGUCUCUCGUAAAAAAAAGAAAAAAGAGAAAGAAACGAAGAACAGGCACUGCCGGCUGGUUGGUCGUUGAUUAAAACGCGACGAUUGACCAGAGCUAUUUCUUUUCUUUUCCUUUGUUUCGCUCUCGCGAAUGCUGGUUAGAAAGUAUUUUAGCUCGCGAGGGCCACUUUAGCUCUUCUGUUGUCGUUGUAUAUGUUAUACUUACUUACACCGUAGCAUCCUUGUACAUCAUCGUACGCAAACGACCGGACGAGCAGGUUAGGUUAGGUUAGGUUGUCCGACUCACUCUCGAUUCACUCGUUCGUACGUGAAUUCACUUGAAAUGAAGGAUGAGACAUGAAAUUCCAACGGAUAUUCGAUCUCGCCGAUUCCGACGGCACCGACUGAUUCUCGAAAACGGAAACGGCCCGCUGGAGUCACCAAAGAAAGAUUAGUUCAGUUACCUGAUGGAUAUCGACGGAACGAGGAACGCGAAUGCACCGUCGGACGAGCGAACCGAAACGCAACGCACUUCACUUCCCGCGUAUUUCCCCUCCACUUUUCGUACCCCGCGCGGACUAACGGACACAUCCCACGGUCACCGCCGUUGUAAUCGCGAUAUUCGCCUCCGGAAGUAGUCACGAGACGCACGAGAGGCUCGGACAUCGUCCUCGAGAUUUCUCAGUUAGCACGUCGACGAAAGUCGAGGAAGAACGCAAGAGAGAGCACCUUCGGUCAAGCGACGGACGUUUACGGUCUGAAGCGCGACGUGCGUCGAACGCGACGCACUUCACGAUACUGAACACCUUCCGCGUACUUCACGCGCGAGACGUCCCGCCACUUUUCACACCCCGCGGGCUAAUGUGCACAUCGCCAAGAUCGUCAUUGUUGUCUCGCGGCGUUCGCCUCUGGACGGACGGACGGAAAGCCGCGCGAUCGCGAAACGGAUAAUGCGACUCCGCGUGUCCGCGACGUCGCGUCGCCCGACGGGAAAUAACGGGGAACGGCUUGCGAAGGAGUCACCUUCGCUCCGCUCGAUUCCGACACUCGUGUUUCGUACGCGGAAACGACGCGGAGCGCAAACGACACGACCCCACGCCCGUGUCUUCGCGACGUAACUGACUCGCUUGUGAAUGCGAACGGUGGAGGGGGCAAAAAUUAUAGGAGCGCCCAGUAGGCGAUUGGUCUAUUUGCAAAUCAGCAUUUCGUGGAAAAAAGUCCAGUCGAAGCGCCGCGCGCGAAUCUUCGUGACGAUCUCUGUGGCGACGGAACAUAAUCUCGGACGGACGUCAACACUCGAAGUCAACCCGGCCAGCUGAACGACUUCUACGAGAAAUCCCGAUCGGAAAGAUCCGUCACUGCCUCGGACCUCGGACUGGAAAAUUCACCGAAGAUUGAGACCAAGAGAUUGGAUUAAACCUAGACGCUCGACAUCAUAACCUAAAAAGAAACUUCACAAACGGAACACGUCAAAGUUGGAUUCAAUCGUUUCCACUGGUGCCGAAUACGAAGUUUACUCCAGUGAGAACGUUCUCCAAGAAAAGAACUCUGCAGAAACUCACAAUUGCAACAGUAUGAAUCUACGAUUAAUCGCAACUGAUGACACGGGCACGAUAUUUGAAAAUUGUUACGGGUACCACAUUGACUCCCGGAUGAGGACAAGCUCGAGUAAGUCGACGAAAACGUGCGACAACCGUCAGCGUGACAUCGAGGUCGCCUCGAGAGAAGUCGAUUCGACAAGAAUCGGACGUCCGAUCGGAUCGGGCAUCGAAACGGGGCAUCGCUGUGACGAAAUCAUCGACGAAGAUCUGUCAUCGGAAGCGAACGGCAGUCGUUCACUUGGGCGCGGAAAAACAGAAACGUCGGCAGGUGGGGCACGUAGCGACGACGGUACAAGAAAUACCGACACGGUGGCAGAAAGAAUACGCGAGAAACGUGACAAUAAUCCGCAUCAGCGCGAACUCGAGGGCGAGGUCGAAGAUAAGAACCGGCAAGAUCGCCGCUCGGCUCAACGUGAUGUGCAAGAAGAAACGAACAGAUCGCAGAUCGCGGCUGAAAAAAGAAGAGCAGGCAGAGAUACGGGGGACGCGAUGGCGGCAGCAGUGGCGGCGGUGGAGGAAAAGAAAGAAGGAGAAAAGAAGGUGGAAGGCGACGGCGAACGCAGAAAUCCCGGUGAAAAUCCUUAUCAACAAUGUCGCGGGAAAGAACGCGAGACGCGAUUGUCGGAUAGCAACGCGGAGAAGAUCGACCGAUUGGAUCGAGUCGAGGAGAGGAGCGUUAGGAUGGAGACGUCGAGGAAACCGGCCAAAAGGCUCGAGCGGGAUGAGCACGGUCGACGCGAUCAACGCGAAAACGAGAAGAACCCGGCUGCUCGCCAAAAUAGGAAGAAAGAGGAGCGGGAUAAGGACGGGGAGGCAGACGCGACGCCUCUAAGUAAGAGUAAGGAUCCUGCAAGUAAAAGGACGACGGACUCGCCUGGCGACGCGGAAAAGGGACGCUCCGCCCUUAAUGAAGAGGGAAAACUUCCUGUGAGCAACAGAAGGCACAAAGAAGCGUCAACCGAGCGAGGAAGCGGCUCUAAGGAGACGGGGGAACGGACAGCUGGUAAGUGUACACUCAUCCAAAAUACAGCACAGAUUAUGAAAAGAAAUGAGACGUUACAUCUUCCGAUCCGAAAGACAAAGUUAAAAUUAGUACGUUUGACAUGAAGCACCAUUGAUGAGACGCGAACGCAUGUUUAGAGCUAAUUGAGAUCGCUGCCAGCAGUCCUCCCGUAUUGCCAUUGCAAAUCGUAUCAUUCGCGUACCGCGGCACAACGCGAUCGAAUCUCGUUUAUACCGAACUUCGACUAUAGUAAGAGCCCUGUUUCCCGUACAGACCCUUCAAAUCCGAUCGAGUACCAAUUAUCGAACGCGCACUUUGUGGAGCUCGGCUGGACCCGAUUGCCGGAUACCAAAAUCAUGAGAAAGAUCGUGCAAUAUGAAGCCAAACCGGCGAAGCCCGGCCUAGAUUGGUAGGUGAUAUCCAAACGUGAAAAACGAUACGAACGUAAAGACCCGGCAUAGAUUGGUAGGUGAUAUCCAGACGCGAAAAAUGAUACAAGCGCAAAAUACGAAUACUUCAAAUAGUACGUAACGAGCUUGUUACUCGUUUACUAUCGCGAAGCUUAUAUUUCACGAAUUUAAGUCUAAUGUCGUAGAAUUAACACGCUCUGAUAUUUUUAAUUAAUUAGCGAAAUUAAUUUAUUAAAAACAUAUUAAUUUAACUUAAAUGAUUAUCGUUGAUCGGGUAAAUUAGUGGGCCAGGCGCUAAUGAAUUGCGUUAAAGCAGCUUGGAAAUAAGGCAGGCUAAAUAAACCGGCUUAAUAGCGGGCUAAAUAAAUUAUGUUGCAGCCAACUUUGCACCUGAUUAGUUACUAACGGGUAAACAAUUAGGCUGACGAAUAAAGUUAAUGGGACGGCAUCACAAACAAGCAUGCAUUUUAAUCUGCCGUAACGAGAGUCAUGUGAUAUUGUGUAAUUAAUCGGUAAACGAUGCAGUAAUUUGUUUGAACGUUAGGUUCAAAAAAUACAGGCACCGAGGCGCGGAAUAUUACGACGAUGGAUUAACGCUGUUUUCGAGAUUCCAUCCCGAUGGUUCUGGCGAGUUGUUUUAUCCCAACGGUGUAUUGGCUGUUAGAGUCUACAGGCCAGAAAACCGGAAAUGUAAUUGAUUAAUCGCAUAAUGCAGUUUAUACUGAGUAUUUCCAUUAUUAUCGAAUAUUGUCACAAAUUUAACUCCCAUAGGUCCACAUUUGUCGACCUGUUUUUUUUUUCCAGGAAAACGGAAUGCAUUGUCCAUUAUUCUGACUUAAUUUGUGUUAAUACGCGUGUACAUAACAAUUUACGCUCCUUAAUUUACAUUAUUGUUAUAUUGAUAUAUCUAAAGCCCAGAUUUUAUUAGAAACAAAAUUUUUAUUUUUGAUAUUAUACAAAACUCUCAAGCACCUUUAACAUAUUGAAACACUAUUGUGUCUGCUUCUGUCAUCUGACUGAUAUUCGGUAAUUCUGAAAUUUCCUUGCGCGAUUUACUCUGCGCGUGCACAUAAAUGGAGCACAUAAUAUAGUUAAAUUACGAAUUUAUCGUUGUCAAUCGAAACGUUGAAAACAGAUCGAGAUAAUGGUACUCUUAGAUUGUAAAAUAUUUGGCAACUUUGGCAACCGUCUGGCGAAAGCGUUUCGAUUCACGACGCUCGCAUUCGUAAAUACCAAUUCUCAGACUGACUUUCGAACGGACUUAAAAAAAUCGCUGCUAUCGAUUUCAAGACGAUAUGUAUACUGUGUUCACGCCAGGAGGCAAAGACGCAUUGGCGAUCGAGAGGGAGUCUCAGAUCUUGGCGAUAUUCGACACCAUGGGAUACGGCGUCGUUUUCGACAUGGACGGCGCGGCGAGGUUCGCACGGAAAAAGAAUUUACAAAAGAAUGUUUAAUUACUGUCAAGGUGGCGCUCUCUCUCGCUCGCCAAUUCAGGACUCCAAUUACUUGUGCAGGCUGUCCUACAACCAGAUCGGAGGAAUUUUUACGGACAAUCCCGCCGGUCUGCCCCUCGUUUGGACUUGGAAUACGAAUCCGAGGGAGUCGAUACUCGAGACUGUGUACACGGUGUGUGAACGAAUGAUGUUUAUCGGGGUUUUUUCCCACUUCCCUCGGUAUAGAUUUUCGAUCAAUCAAAUGAAUAAGCGAACGGAGUUAAAACCUUUUAUCCAUUUUAACUUCUUCGUCGGAUUAAAAAUAUGUAAAGACGUAACUUUUACGUGUGUGUCAUUCCUCAAAUUUUUAAAUAAAAUAGCAAACAUAUUCGGCUUAAGAAUUUGCUUAUAAAAAAAUAAUACGGAAUUAACACGGAUAGUGAGAUGUAUUAUCUAAGAACUUUAAUAUUACAAAUGUUACUAUUUUGAUAAAUUGUAUGAAACGAAAUGAAAGAGCGAUUUUGUUUAAUCGCAGGAAGAUCAAAUGAAUUUAGUCGAUCAAAUGAAAUUUUUCCCACCGAAUGAUAAAUCGGCGGAAAGGUGAGACGCGCUUUCAGAGACUUAUGUACAUAUAUGGAGCAACGAUGUUUGCACGCAUGUUCCGAUUACGUUUGAUUGGCUUCACAGUUCCGGAAAUGUUAAGACACCGAUAUCACCGUCCGGCUCGAGAAAUAAGGAAAAGAAGGUCGCCGAAGUGCAGAAACCUGUUGUCGAGGAACGACAAGAAGAGGUCGGGAGCAAGUAUGUCAAGCAAAAAAGUAGAACGAAUUCUAUCCAAACAAAGCAUUCUAAUUACGCCACGUAUUACCGUUCUGGAAAUUACAGCAAUUGCGCACGUAUAUUUUGUUAAGUGCAUCUUCUUCGUUCAGGAAUAUAUUAUUCUACUUAAAAUGCCUCAUACGAAUUAGAUAUUAGAUUAUGCAAGUUGCAAAUUAAAUUGACGCAUUACAUAUAACCUCUGUUCCGUUAAUAUCUGCAAUUAAUAUAUUAUCAAUAUCUUCAGAUUGAACGGCAACCAAAAUUUUCCUAAAGAAGACAUUUAUCCCAUAAAAA